AUGGCUUCCGAAGACCUCGACCACAGCCCGAAACCAAAACCCUUCUCCAUCUCCCUCGCUUCCUCCUCACAAAAGAAGAAACCAUCCCCAUCAUCUUCGAUGUCCACUACUAGACGCACAGAUAGCGCUGCCUCCUCUUCAUCCUCGAAGCCCACACCCGAAAUCCUCCCUCGUCGCCCCCGCACAUUCCAGGACCAUGACUCCGAUAACGAAGACAGCCAUCAACCUCCUGUCGUGGAGGAAGUGACGGGCUUCGACCGCGAAGCUGGCGGUGCCAUAAGCGCCCAAAGGCGUGCGGAGCAGGAGAAGCAACCACUCGUCAUCAAAGUUGAAAGCAAAAACAAUUGGCAGCAAAGACCGUGGCUGAGGAAGAGAGGGGGGUUGAAUUUGUUGCCGAAGGAGGUUAGGGCGCAGAGAGAGGCGGAGGCGAGCGGCAUCGUUGCUGCUGAUGAGACGACGGAGGCUGAGGGCCCGAGUAUGAAAUUUGGGCUAACCCUUGCUGGAGAAUUGAAGGCGGCGGGGGUAGAUGGCGAUGUCAAAAUGGCGGGUGCUGGCGGUGUGGAAAAAGAAAGGAAAGAUGUGGACACUCGGGUUGAGGGGCAGGGGGAGACAUCGGAGAGGCCCUUAACGCAGGAUGAGAUUGCUAUGCAGGCUCUUAUACGUGAGAGCAAGGUAGAUGGGGAAGAAACGACAAGGCGGUCCGAUCUCGUUAUCCCUGGGAAAAGGAAGGAGAGGGAUGAGGAUGAAUAUGGAAAUGAAGAUUAUGGUGCGGAAGACGGGCGGUUUGAUGAGACGAAGUCAUUCCGUGCUGAUGUUGCGUCGAGGCCCGAUCCAGCUAGUUUGGCGGCUUAUAGUGCCAUUCCUGUGGAGGAGUUUGGGGCUGCAUUGUUGCGCGGUAUGGGAUGGAAGGAUGGAGAACCUAUUGGUAGGGGAAAAUAUGGAAGUUCGAAUGCGAAAGCUGCUACGAAGGCCCGCAUUCCAGAGAGGAGGCCCGGGUAUCUAGGCAUCGGAGCCAAGGAAAUUCCGGGCAAGGAUAAGGCGGGUAGCGGUUCUGAAGUUGAGUUGGGCGCUUGGGGCAAGUCGGCCAUGAGGAAGGCUAAGAAGCCUGGCGAGGGGCUUUAUACCCCUGUUCUCAUGAGGAAUAAGAAGACAGGGGAGAUGGUUACGCAGGAGGAGUUUAAUCGCUUGGUUAAGGCGGGUGAGGAACGAGGGCUUAAAAAGGACGGUGACGAUAGCUGGCGUGAAAGGAGGGAUCGGAAUUUGCAGUUGAAUGGAAGAAAUAAACUGCGUGAUUGGGAUCGCCGUUCUGAACGGGAUUAUGACAACGAUAGUGGUGAGGGCGAUGGAUAUAAGUCCCGUAGAAACGGGAGUGGAACAUCCGGCGAUAGUUAUAGGGCCAGAGAUAAGAGGAGACGUCAUGAGGAUCGCGAAGCUGGCGCGAGUGAUAGCGGGUUGGAGGAUCGAUACACUAGGGACCGUGGAAGUGAUCGUGAUGAUCGGGAUCGAGAUCGGAAACACAGGAGUAGCCGGAGAUCAUAUGACGACGAUGGUGAUGAUGGCCACAGGCCCCGUCCUUCAUCUUCAUCUUCGAGACGUGAUCGCGACGCACACAGAGACUCGCAUCGGGAUAGAAAUAGGUACUCCACAAACGAUAAAAGAGAUCGCUAUGAUAGGGACGACAACGAAAGGAGUCGGUCGCGUCGUGAGGAAGUGUAUUGA